UUUACCUAUUUCAUAAAUAAAUACAAAAUAGACAAAAUGUCAAUUAAAUAGUCUACGUUAUCAAGCUUCGCAUAAAAUUUAUUAUGCUUUUGCUAGAGAUAUAGUGCUAAAGUAUAUUUUGUUUUGAUUAUGAAGCCUGGUAAAAGUGAGGUGAAAGAGGAAGUUGUGGAAGUCCAUACCGUGGCCAGGUCUCCCUCGCCAAAGCACAAGGACAAGGAGAAAUCCCGCAGCCGUUCCGGUUCACGGAAACUCUCCAAUGGACACGUCGAAAAGGACGAAGCGACUUCCGAAUCUUCGGACAAAGCGAAGCUUCGCGAGAAAUGGGCCAACUCGGAGCAGGAGUCGGCCGACACCGAAAUACCUAUACAUGACCAAAUAAAGAUGGGUAUACUCGGGUUUGUCGAGAAGGAAAUAAAGAAAUCGGACAAGAACCCAUCUUUUGUCUUCUACUCCCAUGAUCCUAAUGGGUUGGACGAGAAAUUUAUGAAGACGCUCUCUAGACCGUCAUCAGGUCACAAGGAGAAGCGCAGUCCAUCGUACCGGAGAAAGAAAAGACAUUCUUCUAAACAUCGGGACAGGGAUCUACAUGAUUUUGAGAUUCCGGGCUCCAGUCUCAUUGCUCUUGAAAAGGUUGAUGAUUAUUUGAAAGAAUACAACAAAGAUGAAGUAGUCACACUAAGCGGUGAACUUGAAAUAGAAGCAAAUGAUGUUGAGAACAACAAUGGCACACCAAAAGAGCUGCGACACAAGCCUCGGAAGACUCGGAGGAAAGCUCGAGAAGAGAGACAAGACACUAACGCUAAUGGGAGGGAUAUUAGUCCCAAGGUGUUCAAAACUGGUAGCAAAAGUAAAAGUACCACAAAAUCAGCGAGGCCAUCAGAUCUAUCAGCGAUGCUGGAGAGCCUAGAAUCAAAUGUGCCAUACCAUGAUCAGUACAUUGACAACCCGUUCUCAUCCCCAUCACCGUUGACAUCACCAAACGAUGAUAGACUUGAUCCGUUCAGCGGUAGACCUGAGAAGAUCUACUUGCAAGGUGGAGGGACUUUCCGAGCUAUUGCUCGUGAUAAGAUGCUCGAAACUCAACAGUCGAGAGAAGGAGAUAAGUAUUUGAGGCUCGGCAACUUCACACCUCUCGAUGUGGCUAUAACCGUACAGAAGGCAUGGCGAAACUGUGCACCGGCCUGUCACGGUGUGUUAGGAGGCCUGUCCCUCAUGCAUCUUCUGUUGAUCAGUUACUCGGACAGCCUGGACGCUGGACACCUGUCGUUCCAUGCGGUGGUGACAAUGCCGUAUGUGGCCGCUUACUAUUUCUUCUGCGUGCUCUGUCUUCUGUCUGUUUUGGAUAGGUUAGAUCUAACUACUAUAGACGUGUCGCGGGUCCAACCGUGGUUUCAACCUAUGGUGUUAGUUGUGUUGUACACCGCUUGCCUCCUUGUCUGCGCCGCGGCGCGGGCGUACGACGAAUUAAUGGUGUACCAAUACACGCCGCUCGUGACUAACUUCACUGCGAAUGUCACUGUUCCAACAAUACCGACGUUCUAUCACACUUGGACGCACUUUUCGAUAUGGAGAGCGGUACUUUCGAUACUGGGAUUGGUGUAUUUCAUAAUAUCAAACCCGCAAGAUGUGAUACAUAUGAAUCUCACGAAGUUACUACAAUACAAGCAGUCGUUGCAGAGUAUCGGAUGAUUUGUAUAGGCUUAUAAAAGGUAAAAGUUAAGUCUUAACUAAAAUAGAUCAUUGAUAGAUGACGGACCUAUGUAAUUUAGUUGGGUAAUAUAAAGCCUAGUUGUAGCUAAAUAUAUACAAACCCCACCAGAUAACGAAGGUCUGCCAUCUCACAUCCGCAUAUGAAUGAAUUUCUGAUGGUAGCAUUGAAAGAGAAUUGUUGAUUGAUCAUUUCCUAGCCAAACUGCUAAAGCGAUUUGGAUGUAACACAAACCGAUUUUCAUGCAAAAUAGUUUACACCCUAUCUCUUGCGUGCACAAAAUCGCAGACAAUAUUAUCUAGUCAGGGCACGUAUAGUAAUAAUAAUAUGUAUAUUAU